AUGUCGGGUUCAGUACGCAGUCGAGAGGAAGCCAUGACGGGUGGGGUGGCAGGAUCAUCGGGUGUGGAGACGAUUGAACUGGUCGCGUUGAAUUCGGAUGGAGGUGCGGAAGGCGGUGCAGUGGGUGAAGCAGUAGAGGGUGUUGAGUGCAGAAGUAAUGAUAAUAACGAGACCAGUAGUGGAGCAUAUCGUAUGUUGAAUGUUGCCGCGGUCAUUGAUGAUCACCCGCAUCGGUCGUUGUCGAAAAGGCGGCGAACGGUACGAAUCGACGAAAUGUUAAUGGGCGCGAGUUCGAGCGAUACUGCUACCAAUAAUAUUAAUAAUAACAAUAACAGUAGCAGUAAUCACCAUCAGUCACCAAAUAAGGAAUGUGAAGAAUGGGAGGAUGAUGCGAGUAGUGGUCAUCCGUCUGAACGCGGUAUGCUGCCACCAACUUUCACUACGUUGUUGCCAGCCGACAGCCUUGAAUUGCUGAAUAUUGCUGGAACGAGGUUGCUUUGUUCGUCAUAUCACAUUGUCUGUUUUGAAUAUUUGGGUAUUUGUCAGCAACGGAUGUUCUAA